UUGUCUAAACAACAGAGGAAGAAGCAAAACAGAGCAUAAACCCUUCACGACCCACUCUUCUUCUUCUUCCCACUAAGAAAAAUGGCGGAUUCAAACCAUGAUCACGAGAUCAGAUGCCAUCAUUGCGCAGGCCCUCUUACAAAAAGUUUGGAAACGAGUGAAUGGACUGUGUCUCCGUUCAUCAGGGAUAGCUUUUCUAUGAUUGGAUCAGCUGUAGGUGGUACUGCAAGUGCAUUCAUUGGGUUUAACCAUGUCAUGCCAAUUGUACGCAAGUGGAUAAAAGGACCCAUGUGGCUGCAUUUUCUUGUUGGGGCACCGCCAGUUAUAGUUCUUUCAUCGGCCUGUGCUGGACUAGCAGGUGGCACUGUACCAGCCAUGGCACAACUCGCUUCAUCUUCAUACCAAGCAGCAGUCCUUUCAUCUCAGCCACCGCAGGCAGAGGAGAAUCACAAAAUGCAGAAGUCUACAACAUCUCCUCUGUAAAACACACAGCACAGCUUUUAUCUCUUGUUCAUUUUCUUUUUCCAUUUUGUAUGUCAAUCUUUUUCUUUAAUAGGGAGAUUCUUGGUGUAAAUUCUUUCUAGUACUUCAUACAACUCUAGUGCUAAAGAAAGCUUAAUCUUAGGCACUGUUUUUGUAAUUCAGGGGUCAUUUGUGUUAUUUCAGAAGUUAUGGGGUUUCUUAACAACAUUAUAAUAGUUUUGGCUCUAUUUUGUUAUAUAUCUCUUUACGCGAGGGUAAUAUCGGAAAGCGACUUAGGAACUAGGACUAGGGUUUCGACCAAAGGAACUAUAAAUACAGAGCAAGCCGCCAACACAAAGCUUCAAAACUACUUGAUCUUAUCUGAGCUGAGAAAAACGGCUUAGGGGUUUCCAUCUUUUCCGAUCUUCACCGUGUGAGCAACCCCGUAUACUUCUUUUAGAGGGGUAUGGUCGGCGGCUCCGGUGACGGAAAGGUCUCGAUGUGUUAUCCUUAACUCACCCUUUGUUUUCAGCGAUGAAGUCUGCUUGCUGCCUGAGUGUACGAUUUACUCGACACUGUGAUGGCUUAUGCGAGCUUUAACACCCCUCCCCAAAUUAUAUGUUUUCGAAAACUUAGGUUUUUGUUUUUGAUUGAGAUUGAAAAAAAUGUUGUUUUUGUUUUUCAAAGUUUUGUUCUUUAACAUGAUGCCUUAUGCUUCUGUUUUCAGUUUGUUUUUAGUUUGUUUAAGUUGAUGAAGUAUUUGUAAGGUUCAGUCUUCUUGUUAUAAUUGGCAUUCUAAAUCUAUUAUAGGAAAUAUACAUAUUAUUAAAUUUUUGAUAGAUCCGUGUAAGAGUGUCAUAGAAGAACCUAAUAGAAUUGAUUCAUGCGGAGCUUUUCUCAUUUCUUGCUUUUCUCCUAAUCUUGUAUUAUUUGGUUGCAAGUUCUACUAAUCAGCUCUGAUUUCACAGCUGCACGACUUGUUCUGAGAGAUAUAUAGUGAGAGAUAUAGGAGCCAGUUGAGCAAACAUGGCAAGAUGGGUUUGAGCAGUUGGAGUCACUCUGUCCAAACACUCAGCUUGGGGGUUCACACCAGCAGCUCUAACGUCUUUUACUAGAUUACCAUGGAGAUUUCUUAUAUAGGAGCUUCUUGCAGAUUUUCUACUUAAUGUUUCAUUAGACCUUUCCACAUCUAGCAACAUGUCUUGAGUUCCAUGAUUGUAAUCAAUAUUAAUAAAUAAAUGAAAUUUUUGAUUA